GCAAAAGUUUUUAAAACAACAUCUUACAAAAUAGUCUACUAAAUAAAUUUUAUCCUUUUAUAAUUUCAAUUAAAAAGGAAAAAAACUGUUUGACUAAAUCUCAAAUUUUUAUUUUAUUUUAUUUUGAGGAAUGAGAAUGAACAAUAUAUAAGAGAAAGAGAACAAAAAGUGAGUCAAUCAAAUGGUUAUUUUUUACAAAAGAAAUGCGUGAGCAUGGCAUCGCUGACCGGUAAGCUGACAAGUGACAACAAUUGAAUUGACUAAGGAGAGGAAGGGAGUUGGUGAUUGAAGAUAGCUAGCUACAUCACAACUAACAACUUGUCUUAAGUACUACCAAAACUAACUCUGCACAAACAACUAAACCAGAUAGUAGAUAGUUCACAGAAGCAAUAUAUUGCUGAGUAGUACUGCUAGAGAAUGGGAACAAGUGAAUGGCAUAUUGAAAAAAGAGAUAGCUUUGGUACUGAAUCUCCUUUAGCAAGAGAGGUACUUGAAACUGGGACACUCUCUAUUGUUGUGCUUGGGGCUUCUGGUGAUCUUGCUAAGAAGAAGACAUUUCCUGCCCUUUUCCACCUAUAUAAACAGGGACUAUUGCCAUCUGAUGAAGUUCAUAUUUUUGGCUAUGCAAGGACAAAGAUAUCUGAUGAUGAAUUGAGAAACAGAUUGCGCAGCUAUCUUGUUCCUGAGAAAGGUGCUUCCCCCAAUCAGUUAAACGAUGUAUCGAAGUUUUUACAAUUGAUUAAAUAUGUUAGUGGUUCUUAUGAUUCUGAGGAUGGCUUUCGAUUGUUGGAUAAAGAGAUUUCGGAGCAUGAAUAUUUGAAAAAUAGUAAAGAGGGUUCAUCUCGGAGGCUUUUCUAUCUUGCACUUCCACCCUCAGUGUAUCCAUCUGUUUGCAAGAUGAUCAAGACUUGUUGCAUGAAUAAAUCUGAGCUUGGUGGAUGGACACGUGUUGUUGUUGAGAAACCGUUUGGUAGGGAUUUACAAUCUGCAGAAGAACUCAGUACUCAGAUUGGAGAAUUGUUUGAGGAACCACAAAUUUAUCGUAUCGAUCACUACUUGGGAAAGGAACUAGUGCAGAACAUGUUAGUACUUCGUUUUGCAAAUCGUUUCUUCUUGCCUCUUUGGAACCGCGACAACAUUGACAAUGUGCAGAUUGUCUUUAGAGAGGAUUUUGGAACUGAAGGCCGCGGUGGAUAUUUUGACCAAUAUGGAAUUAUUCGAGAUAUUAUUCAAAACCAUCUAUUGCAGGUUCUUUGUUUGAUUGCUAUGGAAAAACCCAUUUCUCUCAAGCCUGAGCAUAUUCGGGACGAGAAAGUAAAGGUUCUCGAGUCAGUACUCCCUAUUAGAGAUGAUGAGGUUGUUCUUGGACAAUAUGAAGGCUAUAGAGAUGAUCCAACUGUACCUGACCAGUCAAACACUCCAACUUUUGCAACUGCAAUCCUGAGGAUACACAAUGAAAGAUGGGAAGGUGUUCCUUUCAUUAUGAAAGCAGGAAAGGCCCUAAAUUCUAGGAAGGCGGAGAUUCGGGUUCAAUUCAAGGAUGUUCCUGGUGAUAUUUUCAGGAGUAAAAAACAAGGGAGAAAUGAGUUUGUUAUCCGCCUACAACCCUUUGAAGCUAUUUACAUGAAGCUUACGGUCAAGCAACCUGGCCUCGAGAUGUCGGCAGUUCAAAGUGAACUAGACUUGUCAUAUGGGCAACGAUAUCAAGGAAUAACCAUUCCUGAGGCUUACGAGCGUCUAAUUCUUGACACAAUUAGAGGCGAUCAGCAACAUUUUGUUCGCAGAGACGAAUUGAAGGCAUCAUGGAAGAUCUUCACCCCACUUUUACACAAAAUUGAUAGAGGGGAGUUGAAUCCAAUACCUUACAAGGCAGGAAGUAGAGGUCCUGCAGAAGCAGAUGAGUUAUUGGAAAAAGCUGGAUAUGUUCAAACACAUGGUUAUAUUUGGAUUCCUCCUACUUUAUAAAAGUAAUAAUUAACAUUAUGAGGAUUCUGAUCACUACCUUAUAAAUAAUAAAGUAUGCAAUAAGCUUGAGGAAUUAAUUUCCCUUGUAAUCUCUUUUUGUUAGCAUAUUAAUUAUAUCAAGCAUUUAUUAAGCUUGUGUUUAACUCGGUUUGUGUAAUAAAUUUGAUUAUGAAUGCAAAUCAAUGGGAAAUGUUCAUGUUAUUUUUUUAUGAA